GUUGUAGUGAGAGCAAUGUGUGAAGUAGCGUCAAUAUGGAGGAACUGUGGUGGUUGUCAGGCUUCACAGUGUUGUUGUUUGUUUGGUAACUCCAGCAACCUCAACAUUUUAACACUUCUCGUCACUGGAUCAAGCUUUUUCUAACAAGACGAGCCACACAUUGCACCACAAUUGCUACAGACAACCCGAGAAGAUUAAACUGCUAAGUAAACCGCACGUGUCUUCAAGAAGGCAGUUGUGGAGCCUUGGAGCAGCAGCAGCAACACUGCUGAUGUAGUCACUUGUACAAACCUUGAGAGACACAUUACAUAUAUCAUUAAGAUCUGUGUCCCUCAUCACCAGGAUCUCCAGCCCAGCCACCUCCAUUGUCAGUUUGUAGUAAAUUAAAAAAAAUACAACCGACAUGUCAAGUUUAAACAAGAAACAGCAGACUGCAUGUUACUCGCUGUGAUCCCUCACAAAGGACUAUGCAAACUGACUAAACCUAAAAAAAAAAUUAAAAAGAAAGGAAGAAUUGGUCAUUUUGGUCACCUUGGGCCAGGUGGGAUGUUGUACUGUAUAUUUGCUCACCCUCAAAUGUACACCUUUUUUUGUGGCAUUCACAUUAAAGAUGGUAAAGUUUGCGGAGGCUGAAAAGCGUGGUCGGGGGGGUGAGGGGAGUGAUAGAAGGUACGCUCCUGUGGUGAUGGUAGAGAGAGCCAAGAUGAAUCGUGCCAUGUGGGAGUCGCUAAAGGCGCACAUUAUUAGAGAACGGAAGAGAAAAAAAGAAGAACAGGAAGCUGAUGCAGAAGAGGAGCGACUUCGUAAAGAGCGUGAAAAUCGGAAGAAGCAGCAUGCUAUGACUCUUGAAGAAACAAGAGAAAAGUUGUCCCAAAUGGAACAGGAUCUUAAUGAUCUGAAAAAUCAAAAGCAUCAACUUUUUCAAGACUUAAAAGUUGUUCUUAAUGAAGAUGCAACACGGAAACGUGCUCAGCAACAGCAAAACUAUCUCAAAGAAAGUGAAUUGAUGGCAGUACAUUCAUAUCCACAUGGCACAAUUCCACUUAGUGGCCAUCCACAGAUGCUCUUCCAGUCCAACCUUGUGCCAGGGCGAGGCUCUCUGCCCAUCCAUGGAUACAAGGUUCCACCUGCUCAACCUCAGCCAUUAAUACCUCCCGGUUCGCUGAAGAGGUCACGUACACCAUCACCACCGCCUCAAGGAGGAUAUCAACAGAUCCCAUACAACUUUAAGAAUUUGCCAGCACAUGCAGCUCCCAGUGUACCUGUCACACUUCCUACCACCAAGGCAGGGAGUGCAAGUAAUGUGUACGUGGCGGGACAGGCUCCUUACUACCAUGGGUCCACUCAGGCUCAUGGCAGCUCCAGCCAGUACCAGCCCACCUCACAGGCUGUGGCCUAUCUCCCACCUGCAGCACCAACCCACACCAACCCUCCCACUCCUUCCCAACCCCAACAACCUCCUACUCGAGAUGACAAACACCUCCAGCCUGUUUAUAUGCAAAGUAGUCGAGCUGCUCAUGUUGCAACUCUUCACCAACCUAUGGACCACAAAGGCAAGCCAGGAGGCAGUAGUUUUCUGCCACCUCAGGAGGGGGGACAAGAGAAGUAUUUCCAGCCAACUGUGAGAUCACAUUUGGCUCUCCACUCUGGGGUAUUACCAGUGCAACAACCACAUCCGGGGGGUGGUAAGAGCGGAAGCAUCACCUCAGGGUUCCCUGUUCGCACUGUUCCUUCCUCGCAGCAGCCUUCCCCGGUUGUGAGCUCUGCAUCCCAUGUGAGUAAGCCAGAAGCUCAGCCAAGGUCUUACAAUAAUCAACCAACAAGUUAUUCUCGUUCUUACUAUUGAAUAGUCUUGAUGCCAGCCUCAGUUGAAAGUUUCCAUUGAAAUUCUAGAUCUGCAAAUGGUGAGAAUAUUAGAUUUUUUAAUUUAAUAAAUUUCUAGCCAUUUGAUGUUACAGAUUACCGAGUUUCUUCAUUAAUUAUAUAUACUUAGUGCUAGAGGAGACGCAAGCUUUAAGCAUCAUAAGUUCAUUGCACAGAUAAUACAUGUAUUAUAUCUCAUUAUGUUGAGUGUACAUAGCUAUGAAUGUGAUGUAAAUUCAAGUACAUGUACCUGUAUUAUCUCAGUUAUUGUAUUUGUGCAAUAGUACUUAAAAAAAAAAAAAAACUGAAAAUGGUGUGCGAGGAAAAGAGCAUUAAUGUGGGUGGUGUAUAAUCAGUGUAUAAAAUAUGGGUAAUGGAAUUAGGGUAGUUAAACUAGAGAAAUAAAAGUUUUUAAGAGAA